AUGAGCGGAGGAGUGAAUGUGAAGUCUGUUCCCCGGGCUUCAUCCUCAGGGAUUCCUCUUCCUCACAGCCUUCUCCCCACUUCCCCCAAAGCAGACGUCCGUCAUCGCGCCUCUACCCAGCACAGGACAUCCUCACAGAGCCCUAAAGUCACACCCUCUCACACCCCAGUCCACUCUCCAUCUCCUGGCCACCACUCGGGCAUCCCUGCAUUCUUUGCCAGGGAGCACAACCUAAAAAGCCAGCUCUUUCAGCGAACUGGUGCUCUUCCACUUCCUCAAGCAUCGCGGUCGGCCUACAGCAGUCCUAUCACCCCCCGCAGGAUCACACCGCCACACUCUAAAGACACGCUAGAUCUGGGGAAACUCUCCUACUCUCAGAUCGAACAAAAUGGAAACAGGAACAGCUGUAUUAAUAAGAAUCAAACUUUGGGGGCCAAUAACCAACACUCUCAGCUACACUUUCGACGUGGGCUGAACUCUAACACAUUGUCCUGUGACAGUAACCUCAGAACUUUUCAAAGUCAAGUGAAGUCCAGUUAUGAAGCUACCGUAAAAGACCGCACUGAUUCUUUGAGCCAAUCAGAUGAAGAGAUGAGGACUCCUGAGGAAGGAAGUCCCGCCUCUUCUCCGGCACCCUCGGCACCGCUGAUGGAUUUCAACAUGAAAUCACCAAUAGUUCAUCAGAAAGACCAACAGCAGCCUAAAGAGGAGCUCUCCACAGACAUCAAAGUCAACAUGGCCACUGUGGCACCAUUUAGUUUCAGAGUGCAGAUCCAAGACAGUGACCUCUCCAUGAUCGAUGAACUGAGUGACUGUUCUUCUGGAUCUAUUGAAAUCUUUUGUGACGACAUAACUCCUGGGAGGGCAGGACCUGUACCUCAAAGACAAGAGGAUUACUCUGCUGUGCUCCUGUCUCUGCAUCCAUGGACUACCACUACCAGAGGGAUGCUGGAGGCUAAUGUGGCUAACAUUAGCAUGACGGCAAAACCUAGAGAGCUGGACCUCAGGUCUCCUGCUGUCAGCAGCGCCGAGUCUUCAUCACAUGCGAUGGCCUCCAGGAAGACCAUGGCAAACCCUUCUGCCUUGCCACAGGGACCAUCGCGGACUAGUGGCUCAGAGCUCAAGGUCUACAGACCCACAUCUGGAUCUAUACCAAUUCCAACUCCUAAUUCAUCAGGUCUAAGGAAGCAGCGCUCUCUAAAUAACUUGUGUGUAUUAACUGAUGCUGAGAAGAAAUUGCACCUGUACCAGUCCCCUCGCUGGAAUGACGACUCAACCCGGGCUGGCCCUGGGAGUAAAGGCACACAGACUAAAGCAGGACAGUCUACGGGGAGGCUGCCCCUGUCCCGAACACUCUCAAAGUCAGAACAGUCCCUAUUUCAAGGCAAACCCAAACCCUUUGUAUCUCCUGCUGUUAUGUCCACUGUUGGCAAGACCAGCAGGAUUCCUGGACCUGGAAAACCACGAGGGCCUUACGCUGAGGUCAAACCAAUCAGUAAGACCUUAGACCCUAGUCCCUGUGCGGACACAGACUCGGACCUACCCACUAAACCAAACAGUAAUGGAGCCGGAGGCUCGGUGAAGAAAUUGGGAGACAAGACCAGAAGUGCUUCUUUGUCCAUGGAGGAUAAGAAAGACCGAAAAGGGGUUGAAGGAGAAGGGGAGAAAGGCUUUUUAAAGGUAGACCCAGAGUUAGUUGUAACAGUUCUGGGAGACCUGGAGCAGCUACUCUUCAGCCAAAUGUUAGAUCCCGAGUCCCAAAGAAAAAGAACUGUCCAAAAUGUCCUGGAUCUUCGACAAAAUCUUGAAGAAACCAUGACCAGCCUGAGAGGGGUGCAGCUUGGCCACAGCUACGACAAAGGACCCUCGUGUUACGACAGCGAUGAAGCUGCGGCCUUCUCCAUCGCCAGUCUUUCAAACCGCUCGUCACCCUUGUCCUGGCGCCAGGGUCAGGCCAGCCCUCGACUGCAGGCCGGCGAUGCCCCCUCCACGGGGAACACUCAGCCAGACGUCCCCCUGAGCAUCAGCCACGCACGGAUCCAGCUCAUCGAGGCCCUGGACCAGGACCCCGCACUGCUUAAGGGAGGCUACCUCAGCGACAGCGGAGAGAAGAAUGCCAUCGAGGAUGAAGAUGAUGAAGAUGAUGAGGACAUUGAUGAACUUGGGAAUGGCUGGGAUGAGAGCAGCUCCAUCAGCAGCGGGUUGAGUGACGGCUCGGACAACCUGAGCUCAGAGGACUUCAACACAAGCCCCACCCUCAACUCCCUGCCGACCACUCCUAUUGGCUCACGCAGAAACUCUACCAUCGUGAUGCGGACGGAUGCAGAGAAGAGGUCCCUGGUGGAGAGCGGCCUUUCCUGGGACACGGACGACUCAAAACCCGGCCGCAAGAGUCUGGGCAGCAGCAUCUAUGAGACCAGCAGCCUCAAGUCUGAAUCAGCCAAUAAAUGGAAAAAGGCGAAGGCGCCGGGAGAGGGACUAGAAGGAGGAAGGGGAGAACUGAAGAGGCCUCAAACGCUUGGCCAUGGAAACAUGCUGAAGAAAGGGCGAAAUCCACCUGUGGGCAUCACGUCUCCAAUCACACACACCGCUCCGAGUGGACUCAAAGUGCCAGGUGUGGUGAAGCCUGACGGCAGAUCUAUGGAGAAAUCUCGCCUUGCUGUGAAGUCUUCUGGUCUGCAGCGUUCUUCGUCAGACGCAGGGAAAGAGAAGAAUGGAUCAGUUGCGAGUGAGCCACGAAAACCUCCAUCUGGCCUGGUCCGACCUUCAACUGGUGGAAGCUUUGGCUUUAAGAAACCGGCCACUGCGACCACUAAUGGAACAAAUAACAGCAGUAUGCCCACUGGGAUGAGCACGACUAGCUCUAUACCGAGUGCGACAGUCGGGAAAACCCCCAAAACUUCUGCAAUCCCGGUCAAACCUGUUGGCAGUGUAGGAGGAGGAGGACGCAAGACGAGUUUAGAUGUGUCUAACAGCGAUCACAGCAGUUUUCUAUCCCCUAAUGCGAGGACAUCGCUACAGUACCGCUCCUUGCCACGUCCCGCCAAGACAAGCACUUUGACUUUGACCCGGCCCAGCUCCGCACGGCCUCUCAGUACCACAGUGGACACAAGUGCAGGCCUCGUCAAACCCUCCACGCCUCAAACAUCCAGACUCAAAGAACCAGGAACAGGGCUCUGUAAACCAUCUAGUCGAGGCAUCCCCAGUCCCGUCAAUCAGACUGACCGAGAAAAGGAGAAAGAGAAGGAGAGAGCGAAAGCUAAAGCCGUGGUGUCAGACUCGGAGUGCGGGUCACUGAAGAGCAGUUCUGGGUUGACCUCAUGUGAAACUGGGUCAAAACUACAGGGACUAAGACCUCCGAACAAGAGCUCAGACAUGCCCUCCCCGAGCACACAAAGGUUAUCUGGGAUACGAAGCCUCACAAAACCUUCAAUGGUCCAUCAUGACAAAGAGAAUAUCAGCCUUGACAUUGGCGUUCAAGAUUCACUUCCACCAAAAAUCCCCCCUUUCUCUAAGAUACAGGACUUGGCUAGCUCCUCAAGCUCGUGCCUCUCCCCCAGCCCGGCCCCAUUACUAAAUCUGAAUUCUUCAUCGUGUUUCUCGAGCUCCGGGACAGGCUUAGGCUCUCGGCAGGUGUCUUCCCUGGGGGUUGGAGAGAGUGGGGGUAGCACUUCUCCUCUGCUCUACCCACGGCUGACCGGGCUGCACCGAAGUUUGGAGUCUCUGCCUCUUCAGAUGAGUCUGGCCCCAGAGCCCCAGAGGGAGAGAGAGGGUUUGGUGCGAGGUUACACCACUUUGGAAUCUCGAGACAGGGACAGAAAAGAUGACAGAGCCCCUCCUCUGAGCUGGAGCUCUGGAAGCAAAACACCUAAGACUGUUCCUGACAGCCCACAGCGAGACAGAAACACUCUUCCUAAAAAGGGCUUGAGUUUUGGCAGUGCUCCAGCACCUGAGGCUGAAGUCAAAGAGAAAGGCGAGAGGAGACAUUCUCACACCAUCCUCAGCAUCACGGACUCACUCACGCUCCCUCUGCUGUCUUCUCCCACAUCGUUACCUCGCACUUUAAAGACUAAUAUGGUUCGGAGCCCCAUUGGUGGUCCUCCGCGGAUGACUCGCUCCAACAGCAUCCCGACCCCAGACCCCUCGCUGGAGCUGUACACCCCGUCACCUUUGGGCAGCACGCUCUCUCUGGCUGAACGCCCACGCAGCAUGGGGAUGAUCCGGUCUGGCUCCUUUAGAGACAGAGACCAUGAUGAGGUUCAUGGCUCUGUGCUGUCCUUGGCUUCUAAUGCCUCUUCCACUUACUCCUCGGUGAGUGCCAGCCCCAUGCAGAUUCAGCAAAUCCGAAUGCUAAGGAGGGAACUGGAGUCGUCACAAGAGAAAGUGUCCAACCUGACGACACAGCUAACUGCAAACGCGAACCUCGUGGCAGCGUUUGAGCAGAGUUUGGCCUUGAUGACGUCACGGCUGCAGUCGCUGUCGUUCAGCCACGAGCAGAAGGAUUCGGAACUAAUCGAGUUGAGGGAGACUAUCGAGUCUCUGAAAGUCAAGAACGAUGAAGCGCAGGAAGUGAUCCAAGUUGCCUUAAACAACCCAGACAACUCAAAAGAUUUACGCAUUAGACGUCAGAAUUCAUGUGAGAGCAUUUCCAGUCUCAACAGUCUGACCAGUAUGUCCAGUCUGGGCAGUCUCAAAGACCAAGAGGCAAAAAAGAAGAAGAAAAAGAGCUGGCUACGGAGCUCCUUCAACAUCUUCAGCAUAAAGAAAGGAACGAAAACAUACUCUGACAUUGAAGAAAUUGUCACCCCAGACUCGUCAGCUCCAAACUCUCCAAAGAUGCUUCAUGACAAUGUGGACGGGGCUGAAAACGGAGCGUUGACAACGUCAGCGUCCACCAGAUCCAGCGCCAUUAGUGAGGCACCAGAGGAGGGAGAGGAGGAGGAGGAGAGGAUGGUGUCUGAUCUACGCUCAGAGCUCUGGGUCAAAGAGAGAGAGCUCACAGAUAUCAGACUGGAGGCCUUAAACUCUGCGCACCAACUCGAGCAACUCCGAGAAGCCAUGAACAAUAUGCAGUCAACAGUAGAGAACCUCAAAGCGGAGAAUGACCACCUAAAGACCGGAAGCACGCUCAACCUCGCAGGCCCCACUUCCUCCACGUCACAACCUUCAGGUCUGGCAUCUCUGCUCGGGACGUCUGCAAGGCAAUCAGCAAGUCUCACCAAAUCCUUCAGUCUCAGUUUGAACGAUUGUAAAGAUGCAGAUGUUUCAAAUAACACAGCAACUAUCAACAAAGAGUUACACAAAGACGACGUCUGUACUCACGUUCUCGUCCGUAUUCGUGACCAACUCGAGGAGGCUAAGCAGCAACUGUUCUUCCUGGGCUCAGUUCCUGUCAAUGGAAGAACAGACUGGGCCGGUCUCGACUCUAUGAUUACUAAAACCUUUACAGACUACCUUGCUCAAGUGGACCCCACAUCCAGCUUGGGUCUCUCGUCUGAUUCGCUGCUCAUGUAUCAGCUGACCCAGGGAGUGCAGAGGGUGAUGGGAGGAGACAGACCCCAGACUUUGCCUUAUCGUUGCCUUGGCAGUGGUCAAGCCCAAAUACUUAUCACUCUGAAAGGUCUUCAAGAGAAGUGUGUGGAUGCUCUGGUGUUUGAGACUCUGGUUCCAAAGCCCAUGAUGCUACAUUACAUCAGCCUGUUACUGAAGCACAGGCGUCUUGUGCUGUCGGGUCCCAGCGGGACUGGGAAGAGCUACCUGGCCCAGCGCUUGUGCCGAUACCUGCAGCAGCACAGCCUGUGUGAGCCCAGUAAAGCUGAGCACGAGCCCUGUCUGCCGGGACGACACUCUGCUGUCACCUUCAACAUGCACCAACAAUCGCACAAGGAUUUGCAGCUGUAUUUAUCAAAUUUAGCAAAUCAGAUUGAUAGAGAAAGUGGAGAGUUGCCUUUAGUCAUAAUCAUAGAUGACAUCACUGACGCCUCUGCCAUCACAGAGCUUGUAAACGGUGCACUGACCUGCAAAUACCACAAAUGCCCUUACAUUAUUGGGACGACAAAUCAACCUGUGAAGAUGAACUCCAACCUGGGCCUACACCUCAGCUUCAGGAUGAUUACAUUCUCCAACAAUGUAGAGCCAGCCAAUGGGUUCCUUGUACGGUACUUGCAUCGGAAAGCUGUGGAAACAUACCAGCAGAGGGAGCUAGACCCUGCGCAACACCAGGCUUUGAUGCUUGUGCUGGACUGGGUCUCUCAGCUCUGGUACCAUCUGCACACUUUCCUGGAGAAACACAGCACUUCAGACUUCCUAAUAGGUCCUUGCUUUUUCCUAUCGUGCCCAGUUUCGGUGUCUGAGUUUAGACAAUGGUUCAUUGAUCUAUGGAAUCACUCAAUCAUCCCUUACCUACAAGAGGGAGCAAAAGAUGGCAUCAAGGUUCACGGACAGAAAGCAGUUUGGGAAGACCCCGUGGAGUGGGUGAGGGGCACGUUACCCUGGCCUAACGCUCAGCAAGAUCAGUCCAAGCUCUUCCACCUACCUCCACCCAGCAUCAGCCUGUCCAGUGAAGACAAGAAGCCUCUCAAAGACGCUCCUCCCCCAAGUUCUCUGGAGGCAGACCCAUUAAUGGCCAUGCUUCUAAAGCUCCAAGAAUCUGCCAACUAUAUAGAGUCUCCAGAGCGGGAAGGCAGUUUGGAUCCAACGCUUCAAACCACUCUUUGA